AUGAAGAUAUCAUAACCAAAGGAAAAGUUUCUCAGGAAUGCAAAUUCUAUUGAAUUCCCUUCUUACAUGAUUAGCAAUCCAAACUUCUUCAUCAGAACUCAAGAUAAUCGAUUUCAAAAGGUUAAGGAAUAGGUUAGGAAUUCUUAAAACUUUAGAAUGAGUAAAUAAAAAGAAGAUGGCAAAAAAUAAUUUGUAGUGGAGAAGAAUUUAAUGAGCUAAGAUUACCCAUUACAAAACUACACUUAAUAGUAGCCAGAGUUCAAAGCUUAUCAGAUAGCGAAGAUCCAAAGAACCCCAAAGAAUAUUUAGAUUCAUUCUAUCGCUGAUGAUCAUAUCACUAAUAAAUAUGUGCACAGUCCUUAAAAUCAUAGAAGCAUUAUAGGAUGGAACAGAACUUUCAAAAAUGGAGAAUUAACAAAAUUUCUUAACUCAUCCAAAGAGGUUCUUGAAUAAAGAAAAGUAAGCCUUCUAUUUCUAUAGGAUGAAAAAAGUCCAAUUACUAAAAUAAAGAAAUAACUCAAAGAGUCCUAAAGCCAGAAUAAUUUCUUAAUUACUAAAACUACAGGCUUUAAUAACACGGCAAAAGGAUUAAAUCCUACAUUGGUUGUGGAGUAGUUCAUAGAUACUGAUAUCUAGCCCACUAAAUAAAGUAGGGCACUUCAUAGCCCAAGUCCGAGUCGAACAUCUAAAUAUAAAAUCCAAACAGAGGAUAUCAAUUACUAGGGUAUUUAAAAUGAUUAAAACAUGAAAUUGUAUUCCCCAAAAGUAGUCUCUAAUCAUAGGUUGCUUAAUGAUAAUUAGCAAAUUUAAAAGGACAAAAUUAUUCAUUAAAGCAUUAAUGGAUCACCAUUAUCUAAUAGAAAUAAUCCAUUAACUCAAACUAAAUCAUUCUAACAAUUGAGUGUAACAAAUGGGUUCAAAUCACUUCAAGGAGGAUAACCCAUUUUAAUGAGUACUGCACUAAGGGAAAGUAGCUAAAGUUAGAUUGGAUAGCAGGUAAAAAGGUAAUAAUAGAAGGAAAAUAAAAAGUUUGGUGGUCCAUAUAUAGAUCAAGGGAUAUUUGAUUUUUACUCUAAUAUCAGUUCAAGGAGACAUAGCAAUGCUCAUGACAUACAAGAUAAAAUUGAGCAUAUGAGAAUAGCCAUGAGGAGGUAAUCAAAUAGCUAGAGGGCGCUGCCUGAGUAAGAAACAACCUAAAAUAUACCUGUUACUGUAAGAACUUUUAAUGAUAAAGAAUUUCAGCCUGUUGUCACUACUGCUACUAAUUUCGCAAGAAAUACCUUUACUAAUGGAAUUAAAUUAAUUGAUGAUAACAACACAUGCUCACCAAUUUUUGUAAACCCUGCUAUUAGAGACAAAUUUUAUUAAAAACAAAUGAAUACAUUUACUAAUCAAAAGUUAAACAGAGGCAUUAAAAGAUAUGUUGAAUGA